AUGGAACUUGGUCUAUCCCAAGUCGCGUUCUGCGCUGCUCCCCCCGAGUCGAGCGUUCAGCAUUCGCUUAGCUCACGGCAACCCAAGCGCAGCUCUCCGGUUUCCGCGUGUGCUUUCCUCGUUCAGCGCUCAUCCACUUCGCACCAUGGCAGCUCACCGAACCUCCGCUUUCCGCCUCUCGGCAAGAAGCCAUCUUCCACACAAAGCAAAGUAGCGGCUUCUAAAUGUGUAGGCUUCCGUGGUGUCCGCGGCUCUGCGUCUCCGCGUCGCCUUGUUGGGGUCUUUGCCACCAGCUCUUCCAGUACUAAUGCCAUCAGCAGCGAAGCUUAUAACGAGGAUAAUCUCGUUGACGGUCGGAGGUCAGAGGACGGAACUGAAGCGCGCGACGAGGAAAUCGUUCCGCGGAAGCCAUUUUGCGAGUCACUUGAUCAGCCCGAUCAGAAUCUCUCAUCAAUGUCACCAUCAGGAGCCCCGUGGACGGCUUUGAUCCACCGCCUCGCCUUCUGGCGGUCGCAUCUCAGCCGUCAGUUCCACCUCCCGGAGCCUUCCGACAUUCUCAGGGAAGCCGGCCGGCUGUUCGUGUCGCUGGCCGUCAGCGCCGUGCUGCUGACGUCCGUCAGCGCGCCAGCUACGGCAAUCGUGCAGGCGCCGCCGCGCAAGCUGAUGCCGGACGAGCAGGCGACGGUUCAACUAUUCAACGAAACGACACCGAGCGUCGUUUAUAUCACGAAUCUUGCCGUGCGGAGGGACGUGUUUACACUUGACGUGAUGGAGGUGCCGCAGGGGUCCGGGUCGGGGUUCAUUUGGGACCGUGAAGGCCACGUGGUGACAAAUUAUCACGUGAUUCGCAACUCCAGCGACCUGCGGGUAACGCUGGCGGACCAAUCGGUGUACGCGGCUGACGUGGUGGGGUACGACCGUGACAAGGACGUGGCGGUGCUGCACAUUGAUGCGCCUAGGAGCAAGCUGCGGCCGCUAAGAGUGGGCAGCUCCUUUGACCUGCAAGUGGGACAGCGGGUGUACGCCAUUGGGAACCCAUUCGGUUUGGAUCACACCCUCACCACAGGCGUUAUCAGCGGGCUGCGGAGGGAGAUCAGCAGUGCAGCAACGGGGCGGCCCAUACAGGACGUGAUACAGACAGAUGCGGCCAUCAACCCGGGCAACAGUGGGGGUCCGUUGCUGGACUCCAACGGCAACCUCAUCGGCAUCAACACCGCCAUCUACUCUCCCUCGGGCGCCUCCUCUGGUGUCGGUUUCUCCAUCCCUGCUGAUACGGUCAGUGCCUGCAGUGCUCUCUGUGUCCUCACUGCCUUGUGUGGCCCCGUUCACUCCCUCUCUGGUGUGUUUCGAGUCCACUCAACUCAAGGGGGUCCGCUGCUGGACUCCAACGGCAACCUCAUCGGCAUCAACACCGCCAUCUACUCUCCCUCGGGCGCCUCCUCUGGUGUCGGUUUCUCCAUCCCUGCUGAUACGGUGGCGGGCAUAGUGGAGCAGAUAAUCAAGUACGGGCAGGUCACGCGGCCAGUGCUGGGCAUCUCCUUUGCCCCCGAGCAGUCGCUUGAGCAGCUGGGCGUGGCUGGGGUGCUCGUGCUUGAUGCCCCUCCUUCCGGCCCGGCAGGGAAAGCGGGCAUUCGGCCAACAACGCGGGACAGCUAUGGGCGGUUGGUGCUGGGGGAUAUUAUCACGGGCAUUGAUGGCAACACUGUGAGGAAUGGCUCUGAUCUCUACCGUAUCCUCGACCGCUGCAAGGUUGGCCAGAAGGUGGAGGCAAGAAUGAGUAGCAGAGCCAUGGAUUUCACAUACCAGCACAAUUGCACAGCGUGUGUUCACCGCGCGAGCAUGUUCAGGGAGACAACGAAUUCUGGUUUCCAGGGAAACGUCAGCGCACUGUUGGUUAAGCUUUCUGAUGCGCUUUCACUUGCAGCCAGCAUGAAUCAGGAUUCAUCCUACGUCGCAUGGAUCGACCGCCGUUCAAUCCUCCUCUUCGUCGCCGCCGUCUCCGCCGGCGUCGCUGCCGGCGCGACGGCGGCGGUGACGGCGACGGUGUUUCCAUACUCGCUAGGUCUGUUAAUCGGCAUGCUACGCACCAAUGACGGAAAGAAAGACGCUAAGACUACUAAGACUAAGGAGAAGGUCACUAAGAAGGCGGGCACGAGCAGCAGUAGUAGUUUCAUCAGUGGCGGCGGGAAUAUCACCGCGAGCGGCGGGUACGGCGUGGGGCCGCUGACGAAGGAAGGGCAGCUGCAUCGAGACGUGGUCAUGAGCGCUGUUAUCGAAUCAUCCUCGUUACAAGUCUCCUUCGACUCGUUCCCGUACUAUCUCAGCGACACCACGCGCAACGCGCUGGUGGACGCGUGUUUCAUCCGCCUGCGCCGCCCCGAGUUCCUGCGCUUCACCGCCGACCUCCCCGCGCUCUCCGCGCGCAUCCUCCUCUCCGGCCCCCCAGGCUCGGAGCGGUACCAGGAGCAGCUGGUUCGGGCGUUGGCUCGGCACCUGGAUGCCAAGCUUCUGAUAUUUGAUCUCCCCAACAUGCUGCUGCAGGUAAGACAUGCAUGCUGUCGCUUUGAAGCUACGGCGGCUGCAAGUACGGCUGGUGCAGCAUCGGCAUCAGCAGCAGCAGCAGCAGCAGCAGGAGUGGCAGCAGCAGCAGCAGCAGCAGCAGCAGCGGCAGCGGGGGAGUCACCUGAUACGGUGUCAGGGUCAGGUGUGGGUGCUGAGACAGUGCACGCAGGAGGGGCAGGGGUAGGAGAGGGCGGGGAGGGAGGAGGAGAGAUCACGGAUGCAGGUGCGGGGGAGAGGAGUGCUGGGGAUGCAGCAGAGGAGUGGGAGGCAGGGGAGGCAGGGGGGGCCCAAGGCGCUGAUUCAGCAAGGGUGGCUACAGGGGGGGAACAAGUAUCGGGGUACAGGAGAGCUGGGGAUGGGGGAGGGGUUGAUGGGGGGGUGGAUGAUGGGGGAGGGGGGGAAUCCGCCCUGCCUGCUGACGUGGAAAGUGAUGGGCCUGCUGACGUGGCGUCACGGGGACUGGAGUUGACGGACACAAUGGAUGAGGGGCACGGGGGGGAGAGGGUGGAGGGGGAAGGGGAGCGGGAGAGGGCGGAGAGGGAGGGGGCGGAGAGGGAGGGGGCGGAGAGGGAGGAUGGGGGAGCAGGGGGGGAAGCAGAAGAGGCGCAGAGUGUGGCUUGUGUGCAGGGGGCAGUGAAGCUGAAGGAACUCUCCUCCUCGCUCAUCCCCCGCUCCCACUCCCACCACUCCAAAUCCUCCUCCUCCUCCUCGUCCUCCUCCUCCCACCAUAAGAAGAAGGGCAGCAGCAAGGGAUCCAAGAGUUCAGCGAAGGAGGGAGGGGGUGAGGGGGAUGGUGCGGGGAAGGGCGGGAGCAGAGAGGAGGUGGGGAGUGGGGCAGCAGCGGUGGCAGGUACAGGGCACAAGGCGAAGAGCAAGGGGGAGAAGGAGAAGGAGAGUGCUGGGAGCGAGGGGAAGAAGAGCAGUGAGAGUGCGGAGGGGUCAAAGAAGGGCUUUAAGAAAGGUGACAGAGUGCGCUACAUGGGCCCGCCCUCGCUCUCCUCUGCUGCACCCCCACAGCCCUCAGCCUCGCUCCUACCACCCUCCAUGCGCGGCCCACCAGUGGGGCUCAAGGGCCGCGUGGUGGUGGUGCUGGAGGAAAACCCUCACCGGGUGGGCGUGCGCUUUGACAAGCCCAUCCCAGGCGGCAGCAGUCUGGUGGACGUGUGCGAUGAGGGGCACGGCGCAUGGUGCCACGUGUCGGAGCUGCGGCUGGAGGGGGCUGCAGCAGACGACGCGGAGAAGCAGCUGGUGGACCACUGCAUGGCGGUGAGUGGACCACUGCAUGGCGGUGAGUGGGUGGGGUGGGGGUCAGUGAGGGGCAGUAAGGGCAUGGGGGUGAGUGGUAGCAUGGGGGUGAGUGGUGGCAUGGGGGUGAGUGGUAGCAUGGGGGUGAGUGGUAGCAUGGGGGUGAGUGGUAGCAUGGGGGUGAGUGGUAGCAUGGGGGUGAGUGGUGGCAUGGGGGUGAGUGGUAGCAUGGGGGUGAGUGGUAGCAUGGGGGUGAGUGGUAGCAUGGGGGUGAGUGGUAGCAUGGGGCGGGGCGCUGGAGUAAGGCGUCAGGAGGACGCAGAUGAGACGGAGUCGCUGACGUCAGCAAACGAGGCCGGCGGCGAGGAGUCGGCGGAGGAUUACCUAAAGGACGCGCCGGGCAGCAUGUGCAAGGCAGGCGAGAGGGGUCACGGAGAAAAACGCGAAGAGCGAGGGAAGGCGACAGAUGCAGAUCGCGCACCAGAGGAGAUGCGCGGAGGUGACGUGAGGCGCCAGGGGAGCCGCGCGGAUGCAGAUCACGCACCAGAGGAGAUGCGCGGAGGUGACGUGAGGCGCCAGGGGAGCCGCGCGGAUGCAGAUCGCGCACCAGAGGAGAUGCGCGGAGGUGACGUGAGGCGCCAGGGGAGCCGCGCGGAUGCAGAUCGCGCACCAGAGGAGAUGCGCGGAGGUGACGUGAGGCGCCAGGGGAGUCGCGCGGAUGCAGAUCGCGCACCAGAGGAGAUGCGCGGAGGUGACGUGAGGCGCCAGGGGAGCCGCGCGGAUGCAGAUCGCGCACCAGAGGAGAUGCGCGGAGGUGACGUGAGGCGCCAGGGGAGUCGCGCGGAUGCAGAUCGCGCACCAGAGGAGAUGCGCGGAGGUGACGUGAGGCGCCAGGGGAGUCGCGCGGAUGCAGAUCGCGCACCAGAGGAGAUGCGCGGAGGUGACGUGAGGCGCCAGGGGAGUCGCGCGGAUGCAGAUCGCGCACCAGAGGAGAUGCGCGGAGGUGACGUGAAGCGCCAGGGGAGCCGCGCGGAUGCAGAUCGCGCACCAGAGGAGAUGCGCGGAGGUGACGUGAGGCGCCAGGGGAGUCGCGCGGAUGCAGAUCGCGCACCAGAGGAGAUGCGCGGAGGUGACGUGAGGCGCCAGGGGAGCCGCGCGGAUGCUGAUUGCGCACCAGAGGAGAUGCGAGAAGGUGACGUGAGGCGCCAGGGGAGUCGCGCGGAUGCAGAUCGCGCACCAGAGGAGAUGCGCGGAGGUGACGUGAGGCGCCAGGGGAGUCGCGCGGAUGCAGAUCGCGCACCAGAGGAGAUGCGCGGAGGUAACAUGAGGCGCCAGGGGAGUCGCGCGGAUGCAGAUCGCGCACCAGAGGAGAUGCGCGGGAGUGGCACGGGGCGCCAGGGGAGCCGCACGGAUGCAGAUCGUGCGCCAGAGGAGGUGCGCGGGAGUGGCAUGAGGCGUCGCGGGAACAUGGCGGCAGAUAACGCGGCAGCUGGGCGUCGAGAAGAUGAGGGUCGAUGUCAUGAACCCGCAGAAGCGGACGGACGAAGGAAGCAAGUGAGUAAGGUGGGGGCAUGGGUGUGUGUGCAAGUAGCACCAGAAACGAAAGAGGAGGACAAGAAGGUGGGGGCAGGGGCGGAUGAACCAGUAGCGGCAGGCACGGAAGGGACGGACGAGAAGGUGGGGGCAUGGGCAGCAGCAGAAGGGGAAGAGAAGGACGAGAAAAAGGGGGCAGGGGCGUGUGGACUGGAAGCAGCCGGCGCGGAAGGGAAGAACGAGCAGGUGGGGGCGGGAGCGUGUGUAACAGCAGCAGCAAAGGCAGAGGGAAAGGAAGAGCAGGUGGGGGCGGGAGCGUGUGCAACAGCAGCAGCGAAGGCAGAGGGAAAGGAAGAGCAGGUGGGGGCGGGAGCGUGUGUAACAGCAGCAGCGAAGGCAGAGGGAAAGGAAGAGCAGGUGGGGGCGGGAGCAUGUGUACCAGCAGCAGCAGAGGCAGAAGGGAAGGACGAGAAGGUGGGGGCACGGUCGUGUACACUUAAGGCAGAGAAGCAAGUGCAGGGAAGGAUGAUGGCGAACCAGCAUGUGAGGGAGCUGAGGGAGGAACAUCCACAGCUGCUGGGGGAGAAAAUGGUGAAAGAAGCCGACACGGGAGCAUAUCGCUCGCCGGAGGAAGGCUAUCGCCGUCGCGAAGAUCGUAGUCGCGGGCGAGGUCUGGAGGAACUCUUCUCUGGUCGCCAGGGCGAUCUUGACGUGGAUGGAGGAGAAGAGGUCGACACGGCGAAUCAAGUGCGGGAGACGAAUCGCGAAGGCGAGACCAAGGGCGAUGACGAAUCCCAGGAGGAAGGCGCAGGCGAGCAGCGCGAGAUGCCCGCUGGAGUCAACGACGAUGAUCCCGCGCAUGCGGGCGUGGCGGCUGAGCCAAGCACAGCGGAGGCGGACGGAAAGAACAGUACGCGAAACCAGUCACGCGGCGGAGAGAAGAGUGACGGCGGGAAGCGCGGCAGUGGCUCGCGCUCUCCGGAUCCGCGUCAGCAACGUGUCGAGGGACGCGGCGGCGGCGCGCGCUCGCCGGAUCCGCGGUUGAAUCGUGACGGAGGGCACGGCGGCGGUGCGCGCUCGCCAGAUCCGCGGCUGAAACGCGACGGGGGACGCGGCGGCGGCGCGCGCUCGCCAGAUCUGCGGUCGAAUCGCGAUGGGGGACGUGGUGGUGGCGCGCGCUCGCCAGAUCCGCGGCAGAAUCGGGACGGGGAACGCGGCGACGGCGUGCGCUCGCCAGAUCCACGGCUGCAGCAUGAUGGGAGGCGCGGGAGCGCGCGCACUCGCCGGAGCCGCGGAGGUAUCACGAUUGGAGAAGCGGAGGGGAUUUGCGCUCAGCAGAGCCUCAUCACCCUCGUGCUGAGAGAUGCGGAGGUGGCUACCGCUCGCCUGACCUGCAACGGUACCGUGGAGAGAGGUGGGGAAGCGAGGCGCGCUCGCCUGACUGGCACCUGCAACAUGAAGAAAGCCGGGGAGGCGGAUACCGCUCGCGAUAUCAGCAACAGAGCAGGGGUGAAAAGCGCGGCGAAGGGUCUCGCUCGCCUGGCCGGUACUGGCAGCACGAGGGAAGACGUGCUGGUGAGGAAGGACGGGAGCGACGCGGCAGCAGAGAGGGAGGCAGCGGGCUGA